AUGAAGGUUUUCAUUUGUUUGGUUGCAAUAAUUGCUUGUACUAAGGCUGGCUUCUUAGGAAGUAGUGGGGGAGGAGCUGGUGGCGGAGGAUUCGGUGGCGGUGGAUAUGGUGGAGGUGGUCACAGUGGAGGAGGAGGAGGACAUGUCCAAACUAUUCGUGUAAUUCAAGCUGGAGGACAUGGUGGAGGUGGCCAUGGAGGUGGUUUUGGCGGCGGAUUUGGUGGCGGCCAUGGUGGGGGUGGCUUUGAUGGAGGUCAUGGUGGUGCCGUCGAAACCAUCCGUGUCAUACAAGAACAUGGUGGUGGCGGACAUGGAGGUUUCGGUGGAGGUGGUGGUUUUGGAGGUGGUCAUGGCGGUGGUUUUGGUGGUGGCCAUGGUGGUGGUUUUGGCGGAGGUCAUGGCGGUGCCGUUGAAACAAUCCGCGUCAUACAAGAACAUGGUGAUGGCGGCCAUGGUGGCGGCUUUGGUGGUGGUCAUGGCGGUGGACAUGGCGGUGGAUUUGCUGGUAGUUACGGCGGUGACGGCGGUCAUGGUGGAGCUAUUGAAACGAUACGCGUUAUUAAAGAGCAUGGUGGUGGUGGAGGUUUCGGAGGAGGUCAUGGUGGAUUUAGUGGAGGUCAUGGCGGUAGUUAUGGUGGUCAUGGAGGCGGUCACGAAAAAAUUAUUAAAGUAAUUGCUGCUGCAGCUGGUGGUGCUGACGGGGGUUAUGAGGGUAAUGGUGGCGGUGGAUGGGGAAAAUAA